AUGAGGCGAGGGUUGGCCGCCGCGGCCUACAGUAUGGACGAGUCGAUCGGUGCGGUUGUCGAGCGCCUACACUCGAGACAAAUGUUGGAAAACAGUAUACGAGUUCCGGCGUUCAUAUGGAGUCCAUUGUUGAACAAAAGUGGUUACGUGUCGGACGCUAUGAUACACGUGACAGAUAUAUUGCCCACCAUUUUAGAUGCCGUCGAUAACAGCACCGGCAUAUUGAACGAGCAAUUUAUUUACGGUAAAUCUCAAUGGAAUACACUAUCAAAUAAUAAACUCCCGGUGCGAACGGAAAUCAUACAUAAUAUCGAUUGCGUGACUAAUACGUCGGCCAUUCGGUGGUACGAUUGGAAACUUAUUCAGGAUAAAUCAUUAAAAAGGUCGGGCCUAUGGGCGCGACCCCUGGGCUAUCCAAACAUAGCUUUAAACCGAAAAUCGUUACAAACGCUGCAGUCUAAGGAUCGCGUGAAUAGUAAAUCAUAUCAAGUGUUAUCGCAAAUGAAUAGACGACCCGAUUAUGAGGUGCUGAAGGAGUCGGUGGUAGAGUGCGAACCACACGAACCUACCGACCCGGCCAACAAUGACUGCACGACUGAGUUGUGUUUGUUUAACAUACGGGACGACCCGUGCGAAUACCAUAACCUGAUUGGGGAAACGGAUCCCCAGUUUGUGAAGUUCUUGUGGCAGAAAUUGGUUGCUUUUAACGAGACGUCUGUACCGCCGCUUAUAGACUCCUUAUUCACUUCACUUGAUCCGCGCAGUGAUCCUAAGCUUCACAAUAAUACGUGGAUUAACUGGUUGGACAGUGAGAGGGAGAACAUGGGGGACAUUUCGAUGGAGUGCUCGCCAAUUGACCGAAAGGACAGGGAUGUGGAGUCGGUGUGCGAUGAGGAGCAUAAGGCCAGGGCUAACGUAUGCGCCGAUAAGCUAUGGUUUGUGGGCCGGAGAUCGAGAAAAUAUCCGGAGAAUGAGCCGGAAUUGGAGACACACUGCAAACAAACGGCAAAACUGAUCGCAUGUGUCAAGUCAUACACCGAUGUCUGCGGCAAAGAAACCCACAAACAGUUGGCAAAUGUGAUGCUCUUUACUGUGAAACAAAUGGACAAAAACUAUUGCACCAAAUCGACUAAAAAGCAUGAAUUGAUGUCUUUCUCGGUGUGCGGCAAUCGCAUCCGGGAUCAGUCCAAUAAGUGCAUGGAUCAGUUUAUGGUCGAGUUGGGCAAGUCCAAUGCUUUCGAGACCAGGAUGAAAGUGCCCCACGCGUGCUGCGCUUUUCAUGAGCUGAAAGCCUGUAUUAUGAGUUCCGCGCGAACGGCGCGUAUGUGUAGCGAGAAAUCAAUGGAUAAUUACGAGAAAUACAUCACAUCUAUGGCCGGAAAUACAUUGAGUCUGAUGUGCACUGACUAUGAGGAGGAUUCCGACAAAUGCCAACAUUUGCCUCAUUUGCCAAAAGGAGCCAAAUAUUCAAAGGCCCCGUCAGUUAUCGACGGCUUCGGUAGCAUAUUAGAUGACGAUUAG